CAUGGCGGCGCUGUAGGCUGCGCGUCCGGCCGUGACGGGCCGCGCCUGUGCCACGAUGGAUGGGGGCGACGGGAGCGCUGACCUCGUCAUUAACAAGCGCUUUGUGUCCGAAGCGGAGCUAGAAGAGCGGCGCAAGAGGAGGCAGGAGGAAUGGGAGAAGGUCCGGAAACCUGAAGAUCCCGUAGAAUGCCCCGAGGAGGCAUAUGACCCACGUUCGUUGUAUGAAAGACUUCAGGAGCAGAGAGAAAAGAAACAGCAGGAGUUUGAGGAGCAAUUUAAAUUCAAAAAUAUGGUAAGAGGUUUAGAUGAAGACGAGACAAAUUUCCUUGAUGAGGUUUCUCGGCAGCAGGAGCUAAUAGAAAAGCAACGAAGAGAAGAGGAGCUGAAAGAGCUGAAUGAAUACAGAAGCACUCUCACCAAAGUGGGAGUCAGCGCGGACCCAAAGAAGGAAACUGAGAAGAAAUUGCCCAUGAAGUCAGUGGAAAACAAGAACAAAUUCUCUCAGGCAAAGCUGUUGGCAGGAGCUGUGAAACACAGAAGUUCGGACGGUGGGAACAGCGUGAAGAGGCUGAAACUAGACUCUGAGCACGACGAGAAGAGUCAAGAGAAGACGCCCGGCGUCGCCCUGGGGAGCGGYGCGGUGGGAGGCUCCGCGGUGCACUGUCCCUCGGCCGCCGUGUGCAUAGGGAUCCUGCCCGGCCUGGGCGCCUACUCGGGAAGCAGCGACUCCGAGUCCAGCUCGGACAGCGAGGGCACCAUCAACUCCACCGGGAAGAUCGUCUCCUCCGUCUUCCGUAGCAACAGUUUCUUUGAUGGUCAAUAGCAAAACCCCUCCGUGUGUAAUGUAGUGCAGAGUCUCUUCCAGGGCCCUGGUGGAUGCUUGAUGCAUCCUUUGCCCCAAAUGUGAUUUUCCCAGCUAACCUUUCAGUUUAAGCCUUGGUACCCUCAGAUUCUUCUAAAACAACCCAUCCAAUCCCCACCUUUCUCUUUCUUUUUCUUGUUCUUUUUCUUUGUUUUUCGUCUUCCCUCUCAACUUUGCAGUUCUGGGGUGUGUACCGAGCCCGAGGGGAAGGUUGCCACCCCAAAGCAGAGGGCACAUCUACCAACGUAAUCAAGGUCUGGCGAUAGGGAAGGGAAGGCCUUAUCUUUUAAAUUUCUUAAGGAAAGGAAAAACAAAAAUCCUGG